UCACAAGGUUUCUGCAGAUUUUCCAAAGCCGCCAGUGAUGGAACAUGAGGUUGUCUUGAAGCUUUUUGAUUCUUGCUGGUUUGAGCUUGAGAUUUUGCAAAAAAGCUCAAGAUCAUCAAUGUCAACAAGUUCUGCAGAAAAUCUAAAAUCAAAUCAUCGUAUAAAAGAAGAAUCAUCAGACCCAAAGCUUACCCGGAUCAAAAUCACCCAUACAAGAUCCAUGAGUGACCAAUCCAUGACAAGUUUCAAGCAUGACUCUCUUUCACCGAACUCUGUCCUCCUCCCUGCAAAGCUCCAAACCAUUCUCUCAGGAAAAGAAGUCACAGACUCAGAAGCUGAAAACCCAGCAGAGAUGAUACAUCAUGAAGUGUUGUUACCUAAGAAGAAAAUCACAAGCAAUGGGAGGAAGAAAAGGGAAAGCAAGAGUUUGUCAGACCUUGAAUUCGAGGAGCUAAAAGGGUUCAUGGAUCUGGGUUUUGUUUUUUCAGAGGAAGAUAAAGACUCGAGCUUGGCUUCAAUCAUUCCUGGGUUGCAAAGGUUGGGGAAGAAAGAGGAGGAAGAAGAUGAUUCUGACGAGUCUGUGAUUCCAAGACCUUACCUUUCUGAAGCAUGGGAGAGUCAUUACAGGAGAAAAGAGAAGAACCCCUUGAUGAAUUGGAAAAUCCCUGCUAUGAACAAUGAAACAGACAUGAAAGAUAGUCUUAGAUGGUGGGCUCACACCGUUGCUUCCUCUGUCAGAUGAAGCAGUUCAUAAUCCAAGUUUUUUUCUGCUUCACAUUCAUAUUUUGCUAAUAUCUUUGAAAAAAUAUAUAUACUUUUUGGAUAGUACUGCAGCCUUCCUCAUUCAUUUUCCAUUUUUCUUUG